CUACGUGUUUGCGUGUCACGUCAAACGUAGUUGUACGUCAGUUUUAGCGCGCAGUUUGUUGGCGGAAAAUGAGUUAGGGAAGAAGUCUUCUGGAUUUGUGUGUUUUUUGCGGAAUGUAAGACUUUCUUUUGUUAUGAAACUAUCUCUGAGGGGCUUGCAUUCGUCUCAUCAGCACUCGUUUAUACAAUAAAGCUAGAUCCACACACCUCUAAUCAAAUGGAUGUAAUUCCCUCAGUCUGCAAGAACAAUGGGAGGAGAAAAGUAUCCAAGGAUGUGGAGAUGGACAUUGAGUACCUGUAUGAAGCGGUUCCUCAGCUUUCGACAGUGUUCCACAUCAGAGACAAAAUUGGUGAAGGCACAUUCAGUUCAGUGUACCUUGGCGAGGCCCUGAUGGCCGAUGGGAGAAAGGAGAAGUUUGCCCUGAAACACCUCAUCCCGACCAGUCACCCUGUGAGGAUCGCUGCCGAACUCCAGUGUCUCACAGUGGCCGGCGGGCGAGAAAACGUAAUGGGUGUGACCUACUGCUUCAGGCAGAAUGACCACUGUGUGAUCGUUAUGCCUUACAUGGAACACCAAACCUUUGUGGAGGUCAUUGGCCUGCUAAGUUUUGAGGACGUGCGUCAGUACAUCUACCACCUGUUGAAGGCUCUACGACACAUCCACCAGUUUGGCAUCAUCCACCGUGACAUUAAGCCCACUAACUUCCUAUACAACCACCUGGAGAAGAAGUUUGCCCUUGUGGACUUUGGUUUGGCGCAGGGCACGGCCGACACCCAGAUGGAGCUGCUGAAGGUGGUGAAACAAAAGACCCAGAAGGGUGGGGGUUCCGUGGGGAAACCAGAGACCUCAAAUAGGAAACGGGCACCACCAGACCUCACCUCCCUCGUCCCACCUCCACAGACACACUCACACCCAAAGACCUCGGCACCUCACUCUUCCUCCUCCACCUCGUCUUCCUCCUCCACCAAACCAACGGCUAAGAGGGUCUUGGCUUCCCCAGUAACUUCCACCAGCCGCACUAAAAACACCAAGGACCUGUCAGGCCUGUGUAGAACACCUCGGGCUGUGUUUGGAGAGAGGAACCUGAACAGCUGUGCCCCCGCCAGAACCAUCGACCCGACAGUAGAGCUGGUGAAACCCUCCAAAACGGAGGAUCCUGCCAAUCGCAGGUUCAUCUCUAUCCCCCGGCGCCCCCUACCCGUCAGGACUCCUGUCAACAACAAGAGGACGAACCCCACUGUCAACCUGGGCCUCACCUGCAGCUGCCACACCACGGACCGCGUCUGUAACGUCUGCAUGUCCAGAAAACAGCAGGUGGCCCCUCGGGCCGGUACCCCGGGGUUCAGAGCCCCAGAGGUCCUGACCAAGUGUCCCAACCAGGGAACAGCCAUAGACAUCUGGUCUGCUGGGGUGAUCCUGCUAUCCCUUCUGAGCGGCAGGUACCCCUUCUUCAAAGCCAGCGACGACCUCAUUGCCCUCACUCAGAUCAUGACCAUCCGAGGCUCCAAAGAAACCAUCCAGGCUGCUGGAACGUUUGGUAAAUCAGUGGUGUGUAGCCGCGAGCUCCCCCGCCAGGACCUGAGGACCCUGUGCGAAACCCUGAGAGGGAGGAGGCCGUCGCCAGACGACGAGGCCACGCCCCAAGACUACAGGGACAGCCCAGUGUCCGCUGGUCCCGCCGACGAGCCAUCCGGACGGGGCGGCUCCGAAGACGACCGGGGCCUAGCGGAGGUCGGGGUCCAGGAUGAGAGGGGUUGGAACCAGGUGCCAGACGAGGCCUAUGACCUGCUGGACAGGCUUCUGGACCUGAACCCGGCUACACGCAUCACAGCUAAACAGGCACUGGAACAUCCGCUAUUCGCUGGCCUCUGAGGCAGCUCUACUGAUGGGUGUGUGGACUCUGUUUCUCUCCAUGGAUGUUUUAACUGCUGUCUACCACUACUGGCAUAGUCCCCAUUCCAGGCCAAGGAUUGUGGUUUGUCGUGCACAUUUUGUGUAAAUUGUCUUGUAACCCUUUAUUUUAUGAUUUUCCUGUAAUAUGUGGUGUAUAGUACUUGCAUUAUAGCCUCCUUUUGUAAAAUUACAUUUCUAUAAUAAAUGGUGUAUUAAAGCA